UUGAAGAACAGAUGUAAUCUCUGACCUCGUGUCAAGAUAUAGCCUAAAUAAAGAUAACCUUUAGACUUUUCAUCCGGUAUCUCUUACGCAAUUUUACAUGUGUAUGUUAUGUUAGUAAAAUAUUAUCUUUAAUAUUCUUCUAGCAUCAGCAUCUUACUAACAUUCGUGCAUUCGAAACAAAAUGCAUCUUGUAAAAGCUCAAUUAUUGCUCAUAUUAUUGGCAUUUUUUGCUGCAAACAUUGACGAUGUUUCAGGCAUUGAAGACAAUUUAAACCGCUGCCUCGAUGGAAAACAUCACAAGAAAAUCCCAGGAGCCGAAGCGGUCGAGUUCAUAGAUUCUUAUCAUUGUACACCAUGGGCGAAAAGAUCGUGUUGUACGAACGAGACAGUUAAGAAAAUCGAACAGGAUGGGGUGUUGACUUUGUACAAUAUGAAGUGGAACCAUUGUGAGCGUAAUCUGUCUCGGGAUUGCCGAGAUUGGUUUAUUAAAGACACGUGUUUCUACGAGUGCUCGCCAAAUAUCGGGCCUUUUAUUGUUGUGGACAAGAGAUCAAAGAAAACACGCAAAGAAAGGGUGAUUAAUGUUCCAAUAUGUGCCAGUGACUGUGAUGCUUGGUUUGCAGCAUGCAAAGAGGACCUCACAUGUUCUGAUAACUGGGGCAAGAAUUGGAAAUGGACUCAACAAGGCAACCAGUGUAUCAAGGAAUGCAAAACCUUCAGUGAACAUUUUCAGAAUUCCAAAAACUUCUGUGAUAAUAUUUUUGAUCGAACAUUUAAGUACACAAAUGGUAAAGACUGUUUCACUCUUUGGCCAAAUGCAAGUCAAGAUGGAGUAAACCCAAAUGAAAAAGUUGCAAAAAUAGCCGAAAAGUCUCAUGAGCGAGCUGCAGCAGUUAGUGAGAAGGUUGUAAACUUCUUGGAUAGGUGUGUAGACACUAACUACCAUAAAAGGACACCAGGGCCUGAGAUGAAUGUACAAGAAUGUGUUCCGUGGCGGGCUCAUGCAUGUUGUACAAAGAAUACAACUGAAGCAAUUAAAAAGGAUGGAGGUAUUACAUUAUAUAACAUGAUGUGGGACCAUUGUGGGAAUUUAUCAAAGAAAUGCAGAGACUAUUUCAUUAAGGAUACAUGUUUCUAUUCAUGCUCACCAAAUUUAUCCCCAUGGAUUGUAAAAGAUAACAUUCCCAAAAAAGCUAGGAGUGAGAGAAUUAUGAAUGUACCAUUAUGUUCUGAUGACUGUGAUGGAUGGUUUGAGGCAUGCAAGGAUGAUUCUACCUGCUCAGACAAUUGGGGUGAAACAUGGAUGUGGAGUAAAGAAGGUAACCAAUGCAAAUUAAAAUGCAAACGGUUUAAAGAUUACUUUAAAGAUCCAGUGACAUUUUGCAACAAGAUAUUUAAUUACUCAUUUGUAUACACAAGUGGAGAGCAUGGUAAAGAUUGCAUGACAUUGUGGCCUGAUAGUGAUUUAAGAGAUUUGAACAAACAGUUUGCUGUUAAAGCAGCUUAUAAAAUUAUUUCCACCAUUAAUGCUGCAAUUUCACUGAACACAGCAGCUGUGUUAAUUUACAUCAGCUUGAUGAUGGUGUAUACCCUUCUGGACUAGAAGUAUCUAUUUUGAACCUUAGAGUUUAUUUUAAUUGUUAUUCUUCCUUAUAUAUAUUAAAGUAUUUAAUAUCUAUUCAAUGUUAAUCCAAAGGUUUUCAUACAACAGAAUACAAACACGACUAAUAUUGGCCUUGCCUGUUGGUCUAGGUAUUUUGGUAAUCAAUCAUUGACUAACUAUCUAGCAUGAAACACACAAAAGUAGAAGUAUCUACAGCCAUUUUAUUUUGUCAACUCUAUGUAUUUGUUAUAUUGUGAAGGCUAAAAUUUUGUGUGUGUCAAAAGGAGAUGAAUCAUUGUGUGAUUUGAUAACUUGGUAAUGAGAACUUUAUAAAUUAUAGCAAAAUUCCAAAAAGGU